AUGACAUCUGAUUUCAAGUCGGUCCAUCUGGGGCAUGACAUCCCUGAUCUCUCGGGAGCAUUUCAGAUCACAGUCCCCGCUGGAACGGACAUCUGGGACAAGCCGCCAGCAACCCAUUCUUUCAACGCACCAAUCAUUUACCGAACCAGCACAGUGGGCAAAUUCAAGUCGGCCCGCGUGACUGUCUCAGCUGCCUGGAAAGACCAGUACGAUCAAGGUGGUCUGUUCUUGGGUAUCCAAACGACCGACACUCCUCGCUGGGUAAAGACAGGCAUCGAGUUUCUGGACGGAGUGCCGUUGGUAGGCACGGUAGCCAAGGAUCAAUGGUCUGAUUGGAGCCUCCGACCCCUGCUGGCGGAGACACUGAGUAUCGAGGGAGUCGCCAUUCUCGAGGUCGAGAAUGCAAGCGACGGGAGCCUCUGGAUAUGGCUUGUCAGUGAAGGUGGACAGAAGUUACCUUUGAGAGAAGUCGCUUGGUGGGGUGAUAUGGCGAAGGACACAGAGCUGUGGAUCGGCGUGUAUGGAGCUAAGCCAGCACCGCAUGGCGAGAAAGGCGAAUUGGUGGUGAAAUUCGAGGGAUUACAGAUUCAGUAG